CCACUGCACCUGGCUGGAUUUAGCAUUUUUCAAAAAUGUUUUUUAUGGACUUGGCUCUUUGGAUAUCCUCUGAGAUGAAGGAUCUACGUGCCAGACAAGUUUGAGACACGCUGCAUAUCCUGUCUUGAGAAAAACCAUAAUCAUAGUAAAGGCUCUAAAAACUCCUGAAGUUUAAAAAAACAAAACAAAACAUUCAGUUGGCUUUCCCUAUCCAUGGAUUUUGCAUCCAUGAAUUUAAUCAACUGUGGAUCAAAAAUAUUUGAGAAAAGAAUUGUGUCUGUACUGAACAUUCACAGGCUUUUUUCUUGUGAUUAUUCCCUAAACAAUAGGUACAACAAUAAUUUCCAUCGUGUUUACUUUGUGUUAGCCAUCACAAGUAAUCUACAGACGAUUCAAAGUAAAUGGGUGGAUGUGUGUAGGUUAUAUGCAAAUACAACAUCAUUGUAUAUCAGAGACUUGAGCAUCCAUGGAUUUUGGUAUUCAAAAAAGGUCCUGAAGCCAAUCCCCCACAAGAACCAAAGGAUAACUGUAUAGAUUUGUAUAAGCCGGAAUUUUCUUUUCUUUGUUGAAGGGUAGUGGUUUCAGGACACGAUUUGGGAAACACACUUUGGAGGACCAACAAAGCUGAUCUGGCUACUGCGCUAAAAGCGCUCCUUCCCUCAGCGUCGGGAAAGAGUUCAUCUUCCUGCAAAGGAGUCUCAGGCUUUCCCAGAGGACUUGAAAGGCCUUCCUCGAACCAGCCACAUCAAACUCUGCUGCAGAAGGUUUCCUUCUCUUUUUCAACUUCACCUUGAGAAAAUGACUUUCUCUUGAGCCUCUCAAUUUCCCCUAAAUUUGGGCAAGUGAAGAGAUAUCAGCCUGGUCAUCCAGGAGGACAGAAGGCCGAGUCCCGCACUCCCCCCCUGUAAACUAUUUGAUUGCUCGUGAGUUGCUUUGUUUAUGACUUAUUUGCUCAGAAGAGCCACGUAGGGAAGCGGCUCGAGAGACCAGCCCACGCGCAGGUCCUGAGCGGGCGUGCGUGCGAGGUCGACGCCUGGCUGCUCCGGACCGGGGAUGAAGUCCUGCAAGCCCAGCGGGCCGCCGGCGGGAGCGCGCGUUGCACCCCCGUGCGCGGGCGGCGCCGAGUGCGCGGGCACGUGCGCCGGCGCCGGGCGGCUGGAGAGCGCGGCGCGCAGGCGCCUGGCGGCCAACGCGCGCGAGCGCCGCCGCAUGCAGGGGCUCAACACGGCCUUCGACCGCUUACGCAGGGUGGUGCCCCAGUGGGGCCAGGAUAAAAAGCUGUCCAAGUACGAGACCCUGCAGAUGGCGCUGAGCUACAUCAUGGCUCUGACCCGGAUCCUGGCCGAGGCCGAGCGAUUCGGCUCGGAGCGGGACUGGGUGGGUCUCCACUGUGAGCACUUCAGCCACGACCACUAUCUCCCGUUCCCGAGCGCGAAGCUGUCGGGCGAGAGCGAGCUGUACGGCCAGAGACUCUUCGGCUUCCAGCCCGAGCCCUUCCACAUGGCCACCUAGGGCUCGCGCCUCCACGAGGGUGGGUGCCCGGGAGCGGCUCCGAGUCGCGGCCCUGCCCCAAGUAGCCCAGAAGCCUGCGGCGGCCCAGCAUUCUAAGGAUGCAUUCCUCGAGGAAAAUUAGUCAAUUCUCAGAUUACUUUAUUCGCAUCGUCAGACCUAUGGACGCAAUCAUUUAAUUGCCUUUCUUUCUCCCUCCUCCUCUGUAUUUUGUAGAUUUUAUUAACGGAUCUUGUGAAUGGGUUUGAUUGCUGUGAAAAUGCCCCCUUUCCCCUUUUCUGGGCUACUUUGAGGGAAAACAAGCUUAAGAAAAAUAGGAUUAGGCUAUUGUGUUCCAGUCCUCAGAGAAAUAAUCACAUUCUUAAAUUUUGUAAGGUUGUCCUGUUCGGGUGAAGUUACAGUAUCCAUUACUUGUGUUUGCUCACAACAGAGCUACCUUCCUGUUGUGUAAGUGCUUUUUUGCUUUAGUGCAUUGUGUGUGCAUGCAUGAAGUAGAAACUUUUUUUUCGGGGUACAGUACAUGAUGGUAUGAGUGCUCUGUAUUUUUUUAAUCUGUGUACACAUUAUUAAAAUAUAGAUUUUAUAAAAUACAAAUAAAAACGUGGGUUUGUUUUUCAUGCCAA